AUGGGGUUCUCGCCGUUUCUAGAUGAAUGCCGAGCCGAAGGGAUAUGGCCUGUGGGCCCGUCGUGCAAUAAAAUUAUCUCAUUCGGCGUUUACUCGUUUUUCAUUGUCGUCAAUUUCAUCGUUCUGUGUAUUCCAAACACUGGGAAUCAUUAUCAGCAAAUGAUAGAUGAUGAGGGACGGACGACAUCCAAACUCACCAUGUCAAAAAUUCUCUCAAUUUGCUCCCUGUUUGCUGUAAUUUGUCAGUCAAUUUUCUACUUUUGCUUCGUGUUCUAUUUCCACCCAUACACACAUCUUCUUCUUGCAUUCUGUUUGUCAAAGCUGUUUUUCUGGAUCUUCUGCAUGUGCUCUUUCUCAAAAUGGAGGAACCAACCUAGCACUCCAAUCUCGUUGGCAUUCGCCUUCUCAGCUGCACUUCUCAUCGAUUGUAUCCCGUUGACGGCUUGGAAAACCUACUUCGAUGGAGCCGGACAAAAUCGUGGAGACGUCACAUUCUACCUUAUCGAAUUGGCUCUGGUUACCGCAGUUUUCUUCUUUGCUAUUGUUGCUGGAUGCAGCAAUUUCUCAGGAUUCUCUUCUAGAGAAUCGGCAUGGAACAACUUAUCAAAGAAAGUCGUUAUGGUUGCUCCCUACAUCUGGCCAACCAAAUCAAUCACUCUUCAACUUCGUGUUGUAUUCUGCCUUUUUCUGUUGAUUGCUGGAAGACUGAUUAAUGUUUCCCUUCCUAUUCUUAGCAAAUGGAUUGUUGAUGAGCUCUCCACACCAGACAGUUUCCAUUACUCCCUCUUAUUCCUUGCCACGUUUCUGAAAUUCCUCCAAGGCAACGGAGCUAUGGGUGGAUUCUUGAAUACCGUUCGUACCUAUUUAUGGAUUCCAAUUCAACAAUAUACAACUAGAGAACUGGAAGUAGAGCUUUUCAAGCAUCUUCACUCUUUGUCUCUUCGAUGGCAUUUAUCCAGAAAGACUGGACAAGUUUUGAGAGUUAUGGAUAGAGGAACAAGUUCGGUUAACAAUAUUCUUAACUAUCAGGUGACUGAAUGGAAGACUCAAGCUUCUCUCGCAUUCCUGAAUUGCCUUCAAAAUGCGAUUAUUGGAAUUGGAAUGAUUGGUGGAUCUGUAUUUGUUGUCUACAUGAUUGUUCAUGAGAAGACGUUGACCGUUGGUGACUACGUUCUCUUCACCACCUACCUCCUGCAAUUGUACACUCCACUCAACUUCUUUGGAACUAUUUACAGAGUGAUCCAGAAGGCAUUUGUCGAUAUGGAAAACAUGUUCGAUUUGAUGAAUGAUGAAGUUGAAGUCAAGGAUCUUCCACACGCUCUCCCUUAUAGCGAUGCUAAAGGAACAAUCAGCGUUAAAAACCUUACUUUCGAAUAUAACACUGGAUUACCUGUCAUUAAAAAUAUCAGUUUUGAAAUUGGAAAUGGACAAACUGUUGCUCUAGUUGGCUCGUCUGGAUCUGGAAAAAGUACACUGAUCCGUCUUCUUUUCCGACUUUUCGAGUCAACCGAAGGAAGUAUUGAAUUCGAUGGAACUGAUGUUCGGAACUACACAAUGCACUCGCUUCGACAGCAAAUUGGAAUCGUUCCACAGGACACUGUUCUCUUCAAUGAUACUAUCAUGUAUAAUAUUCGAUUCGGAAGACCCGAUGCUUCGGAUGAAGAAGUGAUCGAAGCGGCGAAGGCAGCGAUGAUCCAUGAUAAGAUCUCAUCACUUCCAGAAGGAUAUGAGACAAUGGUUGGAGAAAGAGGACUAAAAUUGAGUGGAGGAGAGAAACAGCGGGUUGCGAUUGCGAGGACGAUUCUCAAAAAACCGCAGUUUAUCUUUUUGGAUGAAGCCACGUCUGCACUGGAUACACCGACGGAAAGAGCCAUUCAGAAGUGCCUGGAGAAAUUGUGCAAAUCGAGAACCGGAGUUGUGGUUGCUCAUCGAUUGAGUACUGUAGUCAAUGCGGAUCUUAUUUUGGUUCUCGACAAAGGAAUCAUCCUAGAGAGGGGAACCCACAAAGAUCUUCUUGCUCAAAAAGGAGUCUACGCUUCAAUGUGGGAAGCUCAAAUCGCUGAGCAACGUGCCAAAUCGAUUGAACUGGGAGAAGAUGUU